ACUGGCUGGAACGAGAAAUAGCCCAAUGGGCCCACCGAUCCCAGACUGACCGUGCAUCAAGUGGACACUUUACCACUGGACUACGUCCCACCCCUCAUGUGUUGAGAAUGCUGGCCACCAUUUUGUAUGAGGAAAUACACAUGUAUGCAGAGUCUGUGACAUCUAUACCAGUCCUGAUGUGCUGUCUGAAAGCUGAUAGAAGGUGGUUCAACUGUUUGCAGGAUCAAGUGUUGGCUCCUAGACAAUUCUGCCUUGUCUGGUCGAGACCCGUGUACCUGUUGCAACUUCAGUUGGUCCCUAGGACAGUGAUAGUGUGUUGACGUAAUGCAUUGUUUACAAGAUGCCCUUCUUCACGACUUAAUGCUAAUUUCAGCAUAUCAGAACAAGGGCGAUGCUGAAUGGAAUAAUUGGUACUUCAAAGCGCAGUUUGUCAACAACAUUGUGAAUACAGGCAGUUUCUCUGAAACAUGCGUUCCUGUAAUGUGUGUAUUAGUGAUUGAUAUGUGAAAUUUAUUUUAUCAGGAGCUCGAAAAUUAUCAAUAUUUAACGACAAACACAGGCUUGCUGUUCCGUUAGAGUGGGAAUCUUUUACUACUGUUUGGGGACGGGACCGAAAAAACACCAUCUGUGGUCUAUAGAUUUGCAUACAAUUUAGUACAAAUGUAGAUAAAUAUAUAUAUAUUAGUCUAAUUAUGUUUCAAUGAAACUAGUUACUUCCUUUCUGGUAAAGCAUGGAUGACUUUGAUGACCAAAAACUUUAUUGAAAUAUUUUUCCCACUUCUAGUACAUCCAGUGAAAAAAUUGGAUAUAGGGCAAUAGGGCACACACCCAGUCAUGCCUCGAUGCACAAGAUCAGGUAUCAAGGCACAACAGCCUAGAGGGAUAAGUGGGUCAUUCCCACGUACCUACACUGGGUACAUCAAGUCCCUCUCUCUUAACAUCAGAAUACUGGGUCUAUCAGAAUGCUAGUUAUUGUAAAGAGAUACAAAGUGAUGUCAUUGAAAUGCAAAAUUAGCUAUAUUAUUACAAUGCUUCACCACAUUAAAAUAAAAACUGGCUACUAACCAUGACCCCUGUCAAAAUUAUGAAAAUAAUUAUUUGAUUCAGUUUAAACAAACGCCACACUUUGUCAUUAUUUAUUUUUCAUACUUUUAGAAACAAGGGUGCAAAAAGUGAGUAUAGUCGACUUUAGAUUCACGGAUACACCGGACAGACUGUAUACAUUUAAAGAUUGUUAUUUGUUUACGUCCAUCGGGGUAUGAACAAAAAAUAUUAUCCGCAAAUUGUGUGACUGAAUCGGCGAAGUAGUUCACUCAUAAGUUUGCGGUAGUUUAAAUAGUUACGAAAACUUUCGCUUAUGUCUCUAUUAUUUCUUUUACGUUCAUAUGGGUAUGACUGAAUGCAUAACAUUCUAUAAAGCCCCACCUAGUAUUAAAUACAAAGCGGUUUGCAUAACUCUGUCAUAAAAAUUAUUAGGCUUUUAACCUAUUUAUUAAGUAUGGUAAUCGUCUUUGUUGCGUUUAUAUUAUAAGUGUUACAUUAAGAAAAUACCAGUCUAAACGUCAGUCGCUCUUUGGUAUUGAAGAUAAUUUUACUCUGCAUUUCCUGGCACGAAACUAGUGACAUUGAAACGUUUUCUUUCUAAAAUCAUUUCACAUCUAAUGUCAGGUUAACGGAUAUUAACUACACGUUGCAAAUUUGCUUUCACAGUGCAACAUACUUAUUUUUUAGCCUCAAGAUGAAUCGUGUUGCUUCCAUUGUUUCUGUUAAGUGGUUGAACACUCGGUUGUUCUCUCCCAAUUUGCGAGUUAUUGACGCCUCCUGGCACUUGCCGAACACCGGCAGAAACGCACGUGAAGAAUAUGUCAGCAAGCAUAUCCCAGAUGCACAAUUUUUUGAUAUUGAUGAGUGCAUUGAUAAAGAUUCACCAUAUAUUCACAUGAUGCCAAGUACCAAAGAGUUUGAAGAUUAUGUUGGAAAACUAGGAAUAAACAAUCACACACAUGUUGUUGUUUAUGACAACAAUGAAAAGUUUGGGACCCUUUCAGCCCCUAGAGUAUGGUGGGCAUUUAGGGCGUUUGGACAUACCAUGGUUUCCAUUCUGGAUGGUGGAUUUCCUAAAUGGUGCCAGGAACACAAGCCAACAACCAGUAAAUUGGCAACAUGUUCUCCUGAGAAAUUUACAGCUGCUUUUAAUUCUUCAAUGGUUAAAUACUUUGAUGAUAUAAAAGAAAACUUGUCAAAAAAACAGUUUCAGCUGAUGGAUGCAAGGCCUCCAGGACGCUUUAUGGGGACUGAUCCUGAACCAAGACCAAGUAUCAAGCCAGGACAUAUCCCAGGUAGUGUGAACAUUCCUUUCUUUUCCAUCAUGGAUCCAGACAGUAAACUACUGAAAGAGAAGGACGGUCUUCAGAAGAUGUUCACUGAGGCAGGGAUUCACCUUGACAAGCCUGUUGUUGCAUCCUGCGGAUCAGGAGUGUCUGCCUGCUGCCUGGUGCUGGCCGCACAUCUGUGUGGGAACGACAAUGUGCCCGUCUACGAUGGUGCGUGGACCGAGUGGUUCAUGCGAUCCAAGCCGGAGGAGAGAGAGGCCUGCCCGGAAAAAUGAGUGCUCUUAGUGUUCUCCAGACCAUAUUUAUUGAAAACCUUCACUGUGUUUUUUUAACCCAACCCUCUUAUAGUGUACGCAAUAUUUACUGUCACUCUACCCAAACGGAUCGUUGUUACAAGUGCUAUAAUUUUUUAUAUUGUCAAUUGUCAAUUUGACAUCAUUGUUGUAAAUUCAUCACUUUUUAAUAAAUGAACAGUUUAAUUUGUUGCUAUCAGGGUAUCUGCCAGAGGGUACGGAGGGUAAAAUCACGUACCCUAAUAUCGUGGAAUUUAAUGGAUACAUUUUUAUAAUAUUUUGGUACAUUACAAUUAAGAUAAUUGCUGUUUACAAUUAUUUUAAAGAACAUGAAAUACUGUGUCCAACUUUAACCACCUAGUAUGGGCACAUUUUCUGGCAGAAAGAUUGGUUAUUUUUUAACUUUUUGACCUUUAUUGGAUAUUACUUUGGUGUUUGUGGUAUUGAGUAAUAUGUCAUAUAUUUUAUGUGCUGUAAAAAUAUACAUAUUGUACACAUUAUUUUAUCCAGCUUGCCUUGUGUAUAAACUUGUAUGCUUUGUCAGUGAACACUCGCUUCUGUGGCCUCCAGUGAUAAUAGACAUUUCCCUGCAGUUUUGUGCUAUAAACUAGAUUCACUAAAUAGUGCAUACCGUAUAUCUUCGCCUGUAAGUCGAUCUCGGCUAUAAGUCGAGUCCCUAAUUUCAAGCCCUGAAAACAUAUUUUUUUAUUGACCCGUUUAUAAGUCGACCCAUGACAAACUACUUAUAAAUA